UUGACAUUUCGCCGUGCACUGAUACGAAAUCGAAUACGAAAAUUUACGUUUUUCGCGUAUUUUUCUCGUAAUUUUUGAAUGAAAAGCGAACGCUAGUUUUCGUUUCCAUUAUUUAUAUCGAAGUUGGUUUUGAGAUGUGAAUUUUAAGUGUUUAUCUGAAGAAAAACCACCAUAACUAUUCAAGCGAAAGAUUAAUUUGUUGCUUCGUUUGUUUUUCUAAUUAAAAAACUAUGAGUGCCCCGAGGGAUUGUGCUUUUUGUUUUUCACAAUUUGUUUGUGGAAUUUAUAAGUGAAUGUGUUAAAAUGGUUACGAUGAAUUCAAAUGAGAAGACGGCUCAGAAGGCCUGUCAGCAGGGACCUUCCAAAGAGGUGGCAAAAUCGGGUAAAGAUGAUAAGGAAAAUGAGAAGAAAGACAAGAAAGACAGAGAGAGCAUGAUUGCUAACAUGCCACCCAGUGUUCAGGCACUGAUGGCUACAGUACCUUCACCAGAAGAAUCGCCUAACUAUCUGGCGUAUAAGAAGAUGGAAGCAAUAAUUGAGAAAAUGCAGGAUGAAAACACUGGGGUGCCUGUUCGUACUGUCAAGAGCUUUAUGAGUAAAAUACCAUCGGUUUUCACUGGCUCGGAACUGGUGGCAUGGUUGACCCGACACCUCAAUCUUGAAGACGCGUGGGAGGCUCUGCACCUGUCUCAUCUAUUGGCGGCUCAUGGCUACUUAUUUCCUAUAGACGAUCAUUGCCUCACAGUAAAAAAUGAUAAUACUUAUUAUAGGUUCCAAACGCCGUACUUUUGGCCAUCAAAUCAAUGGGAGCCUGAAAAUACGGAUUACGCGGUAUACCUCUGCAAGCGAACUAUGCAGAACAAGGCGCGUUUAGAACUAGCUGAUUAUGAGGCAGAGUCUUUGGCGAGAUUACAGAAGAUGUUCAGCAGGAAAUGGGAGUUUAUAUUCAUGCAGGCAGAGGCCCAGAGCAAAGUUGAUAAGAAAAGGGAUAAGUUGGAGAGGAAAGUACUGGACAGCCAGGAGAGGGCGUUCUGGGAUCUUCAUAGACCUAUGCCGGGAUGUGUGAACACAACGGAAUUGGAUCCAAAGAAACUAUCAAGAAUUAACGCGUUAAAGGAAAGACGGCUUCAGCAAUGCAGAGACAUCAUUACGCAGCACAAUUUGAAGAACAACCCAAUAGUAACAAUCACGAACCCUCAAGAAAGCGAAGAGGCCAUACAGAAAAAUUCUGAGGCCGUUAAGGAAAAUGGCGAAUCAUCCCACUCUGAACUGGCAACACUAGAAGGUGACAAACCGAGUAUUGAAGCUCAGAUUGAAGCAGCUAAACGACAAGUUACGGUUUUGAAGGCGCGACUCGAGAGGCGAAAUGUCCGCGUCAGUAAGGUUGCAGAAAUAUUCAUAUCUUACUGCGAGCAAUAUGCCGAGUACGACGCCUUCCUGACUCCACCGGAAUGGCCCAAUCCAUGGAUAAGCGAUACAACGGAACUGUGGGAUCAAGAGAAACAAUGUAAAGAACCGUUACCCCUCCGUCGCGUCAGACGCUGGUCGUUCAACCUUCGGGAACUGCUCCGUGAUCCUCCAGGGAGGGACCACUUCGCGAAGUUCCUCAACAAGGAAUUCAGUGGCGAAAAUCUCAACUUCUGGUUGGCCGUGCAAGAGUUGAAGGCGCUCCCGAUAUGUCGCGUGGCCUCUCGGGCUCGGGACAUUUGGAAGGAAUUUCUCGACUCCAACGCACCUUCGCCCGUCAAUAUUGAUGCUGCGAGCAGGGAACUAACUCGCGUGAGAGUGGAGUCUGGCAAACCGGAUAGAUAUUGCUUUGAUCAGGCGCAGGCUCACGUGUACCAUUUAAUGAAGUCUGACAGCUACUCAAGAUACCUCCGCUCGGAUAUGUAUAAGGACAUAUUGAAUGGAUCAAAGAAAAAGACGUCCGUGAAAGGUAUUCGAUCCAUUGUCUCGUUCACUGGAAGGAAGGAAACGUCUGCUAAUUAAUGAGUUGAAAAUUUAACCUAAAAUCCGGAUUAUACUAAGUUGGAAUUGCUAAUGUGAUUUCUGUUUGGCGCUGUCGAGAUUCUACAAAGCUUUCAUUGGGAGGAGUUUGGCGGCAUGUGUCAAAUAUCAGUGUCAAGUCUAAGAGGUAUAGUUGUAGUCAAUUGUCAUCGGACUGAUCUGGGAUUUAUGGAAUGAUAUCGCGGCUAUUUUAGCGAAAAAGCAAUAUUAAACAUUUGAUGUCUUCUGUCGAUUUUCAAACAAUAUUAUAUUAUUUUGAAAUGUAUCUUCAGUAUAAACUCUUUAACGACACACAGGGGUCACGCAUUUUGCCGUCACAAUAAGUUGUCGUUAAAUGGAGAGAAGAAAAAUUUGUAUUAGAAAAAAAAUUCAUACUAGUGUUAGUAAUUACAUCAAAAACAAACUUUUGCUGUACCAGUAUUUUUUGUAUUUCUUCGUGAUAAAGCACGUGCUAGUAAUCCCAAUUUGUAAACAAAUAACUGAUUUUUCAGAAAGUUGGGUACGUAUGGUGCCGACUUAAAAAGUAUUUAAUACGCAAUUGUCGUUAUUAAGAGUGGGUUUAAUGUAGAGUGUGCUAUGUAGAGUGUAUUAUUGUAUGGAAGACAAGCUAAACUAAUGGAUUUCGUCGUUAAAUUCAUGGAGUUAACACUGUAUUUUCAAAUACUUGACGGAAGAGAAAAUGAGAUUUUGAAACCAAUUUUAAUUAGGAAAACGUUUGGUAGUGUUGCCAUGAUUUAAAAAUUAUAAUAAUCUGUGCCCAUAGAAUAUUUUAGUCGUUGAAACAAAUAUUAUUAGACAUUUGAGUUCACUAAAUUUUAUUAUUCUAUUCUCUAUUAAAAAAUGCACGUCUAAUAAACCUCCUUCCUUAACGUUCUAAUAAGGCACCUGUGUAGUAGUGAACGGCUAAAAAUAGGUUCUAAAGGACGGCUACGGUAAUUUGUAAAUUAAAAAAUUAAUUCACGGUUAAGUCACAAGUAGAACGCGUAGAGCGUGUCAAAAUAUUUAUUACGUAUUCGUCAAAUUACUUUAAUAUUAAAAGUGUAAAUAACGAGUGUUGUCCCAGUGGCUUCGGCGAGAGACUCUCAUCCCUGAGGUCGUAGGUUUGAUCCCUGGGUGUGCACCAAUGUACGUUCUUUGUGCGCUUUUAACACUCGCUCUAUCGAUGCAGAAAUAUAUCGUGAGGAAACCUGCUUGCCUUAGAACCAAAAAGUCGACGGCGUAUGUCAGACUCAGGAUGCUGAUCACCUACAUGCCAAUUACAUUGAUCAUGAAAUAGACAGAAAUCUUAGGCCCAGACCUAAAAAAAGCUGUAGCGCCACACUGUCUUAUAUUAUAAAUAACAAGACGGUAAGAGCGUACAAGAAAUGACUACGAAGCCCUGUUCCUGUGUCCCUACUCGUCCAGAAUCAGCAAGCACCCAUCUCCACUUGCUCUGACUUAACAGUUCUUUCGUGUCGGAGAGUGUGAAACGUUUGAGUUUACCGUGAUUUAAAAACAUAGUGUUUUUUUGUCCUUUUUUUUGCGGCUAGAAUUUUUCCCUUGAAUUAAGACCGCUUACUUACCGGGACUGUUAUAUAUAUGGCUAUACAUUUUAAUCAAUAUUGUUUUUAUACGUAGCCAGCGACGUCGUCAUGACAUCUCGGUAAGUUAGAAGCCUCACCAACUCCGUGGUGCACCAGCUCCGCCUUAAAAACUUUUACCAAAGAUUUCUUGGUUGUAUAUUUUCCAAAAAUAGGUGUAAAAUUCCUUUUAAUUUUAAAAGGCGAAUGACUUUCGUAUGUCAAAUUUUGACAUAUCCGAGUCACACUUAGCGCUGUCUCGCUGUAUGAGGGAUUUGAGUAGUCCCUAACUGAGCGUUAGUAGAGUUUGAAUCUCUUAAUGUUAAUGAUACUGAUCUUAGAUUAAAGAGAAAAUAUCUCUACUAAAUGGAUUUUAAUAAAUUAAUUAAAAUCAAUUUACUUAUUUCUGAUGUUAUUUAAACCAAAGUUUAUAAGACUGUCCAGUUUUUACUGCAUUUUAUAUGUUUUUUUAUUAGUUGUACUACGCACAUAGUUCGUGGAAUUUUACGUUACUCAUUUAUAGAAAUAAUUAUUUUAUUAUUGGUCUCUAGAAAGAGACACUCGAACUUCGGCAUCGUUCUAUCUUUACGUUAAAUGGAAAUCUGUUUUCCAGCUUGUUGAAGCAGAAGUUACAAAAUACUUCUGAAACUCUUAACGAUGGAUCUUAUGUGUUAUGUGUGUAGUGCCCCUAAAUCUAGUUUCACAAUAAGUAGCGCAAUGUCUAUGUUUGGUCUCCAAAAAGAUGUUUUUAAAAGUCAGAUUUUCAAUUUUUUUUUAAUGAAACAUUUGUUUACGCUAAUUAAUUACAUUUCUAUAUAAAACGCGUUUAUAAAAGUUUUUCACUAUUUGUUAAAUGAAAAACCGUUUGUUCGGUGUUAUAUAUUCUAGUCUAGUAAUCUUCCAUGACUUAAGUAUGGUUAGCAAAAUAAUUUGAUAAGAAAUGGUACCUACGAUUGUCAGAUUACAAAUACAAUAAGUAUAUAAUAACUGUUUUCUGUGAAUGUUUUAUUAUUUACACGAUGACGACAGCGAGAUGAGCUAUAUGGUCAUUAUAACGUUUAAAAACCUCUUACAAACUUUGACAGCUGUCAACGUCAAACGAUUGUUCUUUAUCGGUGAUUUUGAAGUUGGUUUUGUUGAUGUAGGUAAAAGUUUUCGUUUUAAUAAUGCGUAUGUUUAAUUUAAACAAUAAUCAUCAUUUGUAUAUUGUCUUCUGAUUUAUCGCGGUUUGUUUAAAGUUGUUGUUUUCAAAUUGUUUUGCUGACUGUACAAUUGUGUAGUAAUAAGUGUUCCAUGUAUAGAAUUAGUAACUUAGUCAUUUUGAUGUUUCUUUUUCUCUUUAAUAUUGGGUAGA